CUGAGUGAAAUACUUAAGUAAUGGCUUCAUUUAUAGUGUAUUUAUAUAAGUCUAAUUCAUUUUACACUUGUAGUUUUUCAUUUUUUUAAACGUUUAGAUAAAACUUUGAGUUACAAGAAGACGAAAAAAAAAAGAUGCGUGUUAAGCUAACCCUGGCCUAGCUCGGUUGCUUAGCAGGCAGAAAAGAAACACGGAAGUCAGAGCCAGACUACAGCACUCUGCCGCAAGAAUGGCGCUCCGGACAGCUGCAAGCAAUUUGUCGCAUUUUUACAGAAACGUUUUGCAGGUUGUUCCUAUUCAGGCCCAUCGAUUUGUGAGAUUCAAAUCAAAGAGUCCGGUUAAAGUGAGUCACGUGGAUCAUUUGGUGUUAACGGUGAAAAGCAUCCCCAAGACUAUCAACUUUUAUACCUCAGUCCUGGGCAUGGAAGAAGUCACCUUCAAGGGAAACCGCAAAGCUCUUAGUUUUGGGCAGCAGAAGUUCAACCUUCACCAGUUGGGUCAAGAAUUUGAACCAAAAGCAAAGCAACCAACUGCAGGCUCAGCCGACCUUUGCCUAAUCACCACAACCCCUCUGACUGCAGUAGCUGCUCAUCUGAAGACGUGUGGAGUUGAGAUCGAAGAGGGUCCUGUCGAGAGGAGUGGGGCGGUGGGAGCCAUCACUUCUCUGUAUUUCCGAGAUCCUGACAGUAAUCUCAUUGAAGUUUCAAACUACAACCAGCCCAUUAAGGACAGUUCUUAAUGACCAUGCUUCUAAUCAAAAACACAACAUAGUUUUCUUGCAUGAUUUGCACAGUUUUUGCAGAAACAAACAAAGAAAAAUAUAAACAGAAAAUUCAGCGAUUUUUUUUUUUUUUUUUUUUUUUUUAAAAAGAAUUUUUAAGAAUCAAAAUCUACAUAUUUGUCAUCUAUCAAUCAUUUCUUCUGUUUGCUCCAGUUUUGAUGGGAUGAAGCCAAUAAAAAGUCAAAGCAGA